AUGUCAAACUUCACGUCACGAGGAAAGGAAGACUCCGUAAAAUUAUCCGUGUGCUUGUUGAGUUCCGCUGAAGAGAGCGAGGAUGUCAAAUGUAAAUUCAAUUCUCACAUUUUUAUCUACGUGAACGCAAUUUUAUCCAUCACUGCCUUGCCUGGAAACUUCAUCAUCCUCGUCGCCCUUUGUAAAGAAUCUACUCUCCAUCCACCAUCAAAACUUUUACUUCGUUGGCUCUCGUGUACAGACCUCUUGGUAGGAAUGAUUUCCCAGCCCAUAUUUAUUGUUUAUCACAAGAUGAUCGCUGACAAAGUGGGUGACGUUUGUGAAGUAACUGAAAGCUUAGCUUACAUUACAAGUGCAGUAUUGUGCGGACAGUCUAUUAACACAAUGACUCUUAUAAGUACGGACAGGCUCUUUGCUUUGCUGUUCAGGCUGAGAUACAGGCAGAUUGUAACUUUAAAACGUGUCCGUUCAUUGAUCAUAUCUUCAUGGAUUGUAAACUUCACUUUUGCAUUGACUUAUUUGUGGAACAAAGAAUUUUUCUUUAUGGGCUCCUGCAUAUGGCUAUGGCUGUUCUUAAGCAUAUCUUCUUGUUGUUACUUGAAAAUUUAUUUCCAAAUUCGCCGCCAACAAGCGCAAAUACAGGAACAUGAUUCCAAUUCUACAGCUUCUUUAAACUUGGCGCGGUACAAGAAGACUGUUUUAAGUGCACUUUGUAUACAUUUAACAUUAUCAGUGUGUUAUCUCCCUUACACUGUCACGACUACUAUUAUUUCACUUGAAGGAAUAUCAAACUGUAAAGCUAUCAUUUGGAACAUUGCUGGAGUGUUGGUUUUUCUAAACUCGUCUUUGAACCCAGUUUUGUACUUCUGGACACUAAGAGAAAUAAGACGAACAGUGAUGGACAUUUUCAGACAAUUUUUUUCCUCAUCGUAA